GUGACUACAAUUUUCUGUGUUUUACAUUAUUCUUAAAUCCAACAAAAACACAUAACAAUGUAAAACAUCUUUUUAAUUACUAUUAUUAUCAUAUCAUUUAAAAUCAAUAUUAUCAUCACCUCUUUUAUUUAAAUUAAAUUUAAAAUGAGUUUUCAUAUAAUAAUAGGAUACCAAAUACAGCAGUUCACCCACCAAUUGCAUCGAUGAAAAGUCAGAAUCUCAAUAGAAAAGGUACACACGAAAGAAUCUUCAUAGCCUCCUCUCAUAAACUAUUUUAAUUUCUUGCACAUCCUUCUUAUCUCUAUUAACCAACAAAACUUCCUCCUCCUAAAACUAUAUUAUAAAAAAAAUAAAAAUCAAUUAAACUAUAGUAUAAUCAUUUUUUUCAUGUUACUAUAUAUAAAUCAUUAACCAUAUCCUUUACUUCUAAUAAUCCAACAGAAAAAACUAACCUUCAUGUCUCCGUUUUCAAAUUGGUCUAGUUUAUGGCCGCUUCUUCUUCUCCUCGGCUCGCUCCCUUUGUUUCCCGCCAGAACACUAAAAAACGAUCCGUUAACUGAACUCGCCUCCGAUAUCCAAAACAACACGUGGCAUGCUUUCGUUAAAUUACUCGACGCCGGAAAAGGCAGUGAAGUCACCGGAAUGUCAGAGCUGAAAAAAUACUUCCAGAAAUUCGGUUAUUUAUCAAUUCCCGAUCAAAACAUCACUGACUUUUUCGAUGAUAACUUAGAGUCUGCAGUACUUAGUUACCAAAGAAACCUCGGAUUAACGGUCACCGGAAAACUAGACGAAGAAACCAUGAAGGAAAUUAUACUACCACGUUGCGGCAUGAGUGAUUCAGCUCAUGAUCACGAUCAUGAUCAUAGCUCUAGUUCGUUAUUACAUACAACGAAAAACUACGCGUAUUUUUACGGGAGACCUAGAUGGAUGAAAUCGUCUCCGAUGACUUUAUCCUAUGCUUUCUCUCCAAAUGCGAUGAUCGAUUACAUCGAUGCAUCGGAAAUAAGAGCCGUUUUUCAGCGCGCGUUUUCGCGGUGGUCGUUUGCGAUCCCAGUGAAUUUCACUGAGACGGACGAUUACUACACUGCGGACAUCAAAAUCGGUUUCUACAACGGCGAUCACGGCGACGGAGAGCCGUUCGAUGGAGUAUUGGGAGUGUUAGCUCACGCUUUUUCACCGGAAAAUGGAAGGUUUCAUUUAGACGGAGCGGAGAUCUGGGCCGUUGAUUUUGAUCAAGAGAGAUCAAAAGUAGCCGUUGAUUUAGAAUCAGUGGUGACCCAUGAAAUUGGGCAUGUACUUGGGCUUGCACAUUCUUCGGUUAAAGAUGCAGUAAUGUACCCAAGUUUAAGCCCAAGAACGAAGAAAAGGGAUUUGAAACUUGAUGACGUGGAAGGGGUCCAAGCAUUAUAUGGGUCAAACCCAAAUUUCAAGUACACGUCAUCAUUGGAACAUGACACGUCAUCAUCAAAUAAUAUUGGAAUUGGAAAAAGAACAACAUCAAAGUGGACCCUUUUUUUUGGAAUGGUGACUCUGAUGUUUAUGAUGAUUUGAUUGCUUAUAUUUAAAUUUAAUUUUUUUUUUUGGAUGGUUAUAGUUAAAAGUUAGUGAUGGAUAAGAUGAUAUUGUUGUAAAGAUAUUUAACACAGAAAAAAGAAGUAAAGAACAUUCUUUAACGAUGGCUUAAAGGUUCAAUAUAUAUAUUCUUUGUGAAUCAUUCUUGUUGAGUUGAAAUAUUGAAGGAAGAUAAAAGAGUCAAAA